UAUUUAUACAAAAAACAAAGCAAUAAAAGGAUAUAAAAUAAUUCUACAGGUUCCAAAACCAAAAGAGAAAUCUUUCGUUUGUUUAUGACAACAUAUUUAAAUGAACAAUUUUCCAUACAAAAUAGUUGAGAAAAACAACUAUAAAUAAUGCAUCGUCUCCAGUUCAAAACACUAUGCACCAUAUAAUAAAUCAAAUAUCUUUAAAAAUGUAUUACGAGGUGUUGGGGUUACUCUUUGCACUGUUAUUAUGGGUUGUAUGGGCACUAAUAAUAACAGAACGCCGCCGUCAUCGUCAACUGGAAAAACUAGGUCGGCUUCCGCCGGGCCCAAGGAAGUGGCCAGUUGUUGGAAACAUUUUCCAACUGGGCUGGGCACCCCACGAGUCAUUUGCCAAGCUGGCCCAAACCUACGGGCCCAUCAUGAUCCUAUGGCUAGGGUCCAUGAGUACCGUCGUCAUCUCAUCCCAAGAAACUGCCCGUGAGAUGUUCAAAAAUCACGACGUGGUCUUAGCCGGCCGAAAGAUCUACGAGUCCAUGAAGGGAGAUCACGGCAACGAGGGCUCUCUCAUUACGGCCCAAUACGGCCCACACUGGCGCAUGCUCAGACGUUUGUCGAUGACAGAAUUUUUCGUGACCAGCCGACUCGACGCAUCCAGAGGGGUUCGAGAGAUGUGCAUAGACCGCAUGGUGAAAUUUAUAGAGGAAGCUGGGGCGAGUAGAGGAGAUUCAGUCGAUGUGGGACGGUUUUUUUUCUUGAUGGCGUUUAAUCUGAUUGGAAAUUUAAUGUUUUCGAAGGAUCUUUUGGACACGAAAUCGGAGAGUGGGGCUAAGUUUUUUUACCAUGCGGGUAAAGUUAUGGAGUUUGCUGGGAAGCCUAAUGUGGCUGAUUUUAUACCGAUUCUUAGGCAUGUGGAUCCUCAAGGGAUCAGGAAAAAUACCCAGUUUCAUGUCGAGAAAGCUUUUGAGAUUGCCGGAGGGUUCAUCGGAGAAAGGAUGGAGACUAUGAAGAAGGUACAGUUCGAUGAUAAUCAUGGUAAAGCUCAUCACAAGAGAAGGGACUUCUUAGAUGUGCUUCUGGAGUUUCGAGGGAAUGGGACCGAAGAGCCCUCCCAGUUUUCUUCUAGGACCAUCAACGUCAUCGUCUUUGAGAUGUUCACUGCAGGGACAGACACAACAACAAGCACGUUAGAAUGGGCAAUGGCUGAGCUUCUCCACAACCCUAAAACACUAAAAAGAGUUCAGUCCGAGCUGAGAAGAACAAUCACUAAUGGGAAAAAGCUAGACGAGAGAGACAUAGAGAAUCUCCCAUACCUAAAAGCAGUCAUCAAAGAAACCUUAAGGCUCCACCCUCCUCUUCCAUUCUUAGUCCCACACAUGGCCAUGGACACUUGCAAAAUGCUCGGCUAUUACAUCCCAAAAGAGACUCAGAUUCUCGUCAAUGUUUGGGCUAUAGGGCGAGACCCCAAGACUUGGGAAGACCCUUCAGAGUUCAAGCCUGAGAGAUUCUUAGAGCCAAACAUGAUGAAGGACUAUAAGGGUCAGCAUUUUGAGUUUAUACCCUUUGGUUCCGGCCGCCGUAUGUGUCCGGCGGUUCCUCUUGCCUCUAGGGUACUCCCUUUGGCUUUAGGGUCACUUUUGUUGUCGUUCGAUUGGGUUUUGGCUGAUGGGAUUAAGCCAGACGAUAUGGAUAUGACUGAGAGAAUGGGAAUAACGCUCAGGAAAGCUGUUCCUCUCAAGGUAAUACCAAUCCCUUUUAAAGGACCAAUUUGUAAAGAUCAGUAACUAAGCACACAUAAUAACUUUGUGAAAAAGAAGGGUAAUGGAGACCGGAAGCAAGAGGCAAGGAAGGGGUUCAAUUAUGUAUGUUAUAUGUAUUGUACGAAAAAAUAAAAAUGA